AAUUGACAGACUCUAUUUAUACAUUUUCAAACAAAUGGCUGGAGCACAACUGUAUAAAACAGCGAGUGGAAGAUUAUUUCAUGCGGGUGCAGUAGCUAUUAUCAUUGUGGGUCUACCUGCGAGAGGAAAAACACAUAUAGCACGAUCCCUAUGUCGAUAUUUACGCUGGAUGGGUGUCUCUACGGAAGUGUUUAGUAUAGGCAAUUACCGUAGAAAUCAAUUGGGUCCUGUACCCAAUGAAAUGUUUGAUCCACAUAAUGAUUUAGCUUCAGAAAAAAUGUACAAAAUAGCGGAUGACUGUCUGGAGGAUAUGAUUCAAUGGUUACAGCAAGGGGAGGGUCAUCAAGUGGGCAUUUACGAUGGGAAUAAUGGCCUUGAAAGUAGACGGCAAGAAAUUUAUGAUAGACUUAUCGCUUUGGAUAUUCAUGCUUUGUUCAUCGAGUCCAUCUGUGAUAAGCCAUCCGUCGUGUUGGAAAACAUCCUCAGCGUGAAAAUCUCGUCGCCUGAUUAUGUUGGAUGGGAUCCUGAAAAAGCCAUGCAGGACUAUAAUCACCGUAUUGAGCAAUGCGAGUCAAAGUACGAGACAAUCUCCAACCUAUCCUUACCCUUUGUCAAGCUCAUGAAUGUAGGAGAGCGGAUCAUUGUCAAUAAUGUCCAAGGCUAUUUGCAAACGCGUGUCGUUUAUUUCUUAAUGAAUCUGCAUAAUACACCACGCACUAUUUAUUUUGCUAGGGCUGGCGAAUCGACACGUCCAGGCAUGUUCAAAGUAGACGCAGAGCUUUCUGAAGAAGGACAACUCUAUGCAAACAGGCUAUGCCAAUUUAUCUUGUCCAUACGUGCUGAACAAAAGAGACAGAAAAACGAAGAGAAAAACGACACCGAUAACACCACCCAAAAGAGCAGCCACGAGCGAGAGAGAUUGCUCACCGUAUGGACUUCUACACGAAAGAAAUCACGACAGACCGCCAUUCCGUUCGUAGACAUGGGCUUGAUUGUUCGUCAGCAUUCAGUGUUGAAUCAAAUCAAUCCUGGAGAAGUAGAAGGGUUAAGUUGGGAAGAGAUUCAACAUAAAUUUCCUGAAGAAGUACAGAGAGCCAAGUUGGACCCUUAUCAUCAUCGAUAUCCACGAGCAGAGUCCUAUCAUGAUUUGGCUAUACGCUUAGAGUCCAUCAUUAUGGAAUUGGAACGCGAAAAAAAUGAUGUCUUGAUUAUUGCACACGAAUCUAUCCUUCGGUGUUUGUAUGCCUAUUUGUUUGACAAGGCUGACCAAGUAAGUUGCGGUUUUUUCUGAUAUUGACACACCCUAUCUAUUUAUCUAUUGACUUUUUUUAUCACACUAGGAAAUCCCUACCAUUCCUAUGCCUAAAAACACUCUCAUUUGCAUCACACCUUCAGCCUAUGGCUGCAAAGAAGUGCGGCUGAAUAUAGUGGAUGUGUAAACAUGCAUAUCACCAUUUUUUUUUAACUUUCUCAGUCUCCAGCCAUAGUAAUAUUAUUUCUGUAAAAUACAAUUGUUUCUUGAAUAAAAACUUGAAAAAAAAAAUAGC